CUCCCUCGUAUCCUAACACACUCACGCUCACUUUCUCCACCCACUCACUCGCUGAAUUGGUGGUGUGAUCUAUUUAGGGCUGUCCCGAUACUGUGUACAGUUUUCUCCCAGAACAGUCCAACCUGCAAGGCGCUGGUAUGCUAGGACUCUAGCCCACUCAAAGGGUAGAGGAAACAGAGAGCGAACUGAGAGUCUGAAGACCUGACGACCUACAUGCCUUCAUGGGGAACACCAGUAUUACGGAAGGGAAGACUGCCCUGUCUGUGGGCGGCUCUUCAAUAGCCCGCGGCAAGACUUCCAUCACCAUGGGCAAGUCCUCAAUCACCCGUGGGGUCACCACUACCUCUAUGGGCGACUCUACCAUAACCAGAGGCAAGACCACCAUCUCCCUGGGCAGAGCCAGCUUCAGCCGAGGCAAAACUACAACCUCCUUCCGCAAGGCCCUCAUGCCCAAGCGCCGGACCAAGUAGAUG